CAUCCUUUCUUCCUCCUUUCUCUGUAAGCAAAUUCAAUUUCCUCUCGGUCGUCGGCGGUGGACUGGUCGCCGACGCGGUCAGCUCUUCAAAAAUUCCGUCAAAUUGAUCGGAGCAUAUUUGACGUACAGAAACACAAUCAGAAACUCAAUUAUAUUUGAUAGAUUGAGAAAGAGAAAUAGAGAAAAAGGGAGAAGGGUGAGGGAGAGAGGAUGAUUACGAGAUCGAAUUUGGCGGAACAGCUGAGAGAGUAUCAGAUUCGAUCCAAACAUGAUUGGGCUUCCGUCUCUUUCUUCUCCUCCACCUCCUCUAAUCUCACUUCUUCUUCUAGGGUGGAUGUCGUCAUCUUUGUGAUAUGGGAACUGGUUAUUUUAGCAUUUCUGGUUUUCUCUGCUGUUUCAUUGUACUUCAGGCAUCUAAAGCUUGCUUUCAUCUUAGUAUGUGUCACCUUGCUAUUGCUUUUAUGCAUGAAAAUCACAAAGCAAGUUAGGUCGGCCCACAAAAAGAAGCGAAGGAUGCUUCUUCCAUUGUCGAUGUAGAGACGUAGGAAGGUAGUGUUAUUCUACUACAAGCGAACAAGUCUUUUUUCAUGUAAAUUACUAAAAAUCUUGAUCAUUAAUUUGGUCCUUUUUUUAAAAAAAAAAAAUUUAAACAUGAUAUGGAAGGGAAGAAGAGACGAGCUGACUAAAUGGUAAAGAUGUUGGGGUAGUUUCACUUCAUGAUGGUUCUCCUGUCCUAUACGUUAGGCGUUGAGGCCCAUUGAAAUUUCUUCUUGUAGGUUUAUCCUCUGUUGUCAAAUUUCCCUGUACCUUUUAUUUAUAUCUAACUCUAUUCAGUCACCAAUUUUAGGGAAUGCAUCUAAUUGAUCAGAUGCAAGAAAUUUGGUAUUCAAAUUAAUAUGGUGCUUGAUCGUUUUUUGGACUCUUGCUAUAUAUACGAGGAUAUUUGUUUUUUAAGGUAUUUUUUCCCAUCAAAGCCUGUUUGCUUGUGUUCUUAGA